AUGGACAACCAGCAAGGUGUUGCAGGACUUUCUGAUCCGAGCGGUCUUCUGCCCAGGGAGCAGGAUGGUCACCUGGAAUUCGAGAGCGCUGUCGACGCUCUUCUCGCUAUCCGUGAGCAGAACUGGGAGGUGCUGUGGGAGCGUCUUCGCGCCAGUGUAGAAGAAUACACUCGGCAACAGAUUGUGGCAGCAGACGCAGUCAGACUUGCUUCGCCAGUUUGGAGGACAACCUUCUUUCCGCUUGCAGUUUUGUUUGAAGCUUGGUCUCGCACCAGUGGUCUGCCCACUGUCUUCUACGUCGACUCCUUCUAUUCCUUGGUCGGGAGUUUGCUGAGUAAACAUGUCAGCUAUGAUGCAGCCGGCUUCCCUGUGCGAGCUCGUUUCUGGGCUUGCGGAACUGCCUCCCCUGGUUCAGGCAAAAGUCCUGCUCUGGACCCACUCAAGGAAGCCUUGAUGGAAGUUUUACGUGAGAUGCCAGAUUUGGCUCCAGGCGUGGCCGCGGAUGGUUUCCACGUUCAACCAGUCGGCACACACGCUGCAGCCGUGGACCGUCUGCGCAGCACAGGCGGGUACCAAUUCAUCGGUGCAGGUGAAGGAGGUGGCGCCGUGCCCUGGGAGACGGCCGUGGACAGACAAGCGCGAAGGCGCUCGAUGGCAGAGGCCCCCGCCCUCGCUCCGGAAGACGAUAAAACAAAUGUGAGCGUGAUCAUCUUGCAGCAGCAGGCGCUUUUCUCCACUUGGUGGGCUCGGGCAGAGGACAGCUGCAGCAUAGGGCUGGCGGGCAGGUUUGUGUUUUCCUUUGCGUCCGCGGGUGAACCUGGUCCGCCAGACACAGCGCAGUUCGGUAACUAUGUGGCUAUACCGGUGGUGAAAGCAGUCUUCAGAUUAGUGUUACAGCACCUAGGUCCCCAGGCGCCCUUGCCAACUGACAGCCCUCUGUUGUCUUGGGCAACAGAUGAAUCUGGGCAGGCAGCUGUCUACAGGUACCGGCUGCUGUGCUCCGAUCUGACAAGAACAUUGCCGGUACAGGAACCCUUUGCAUCCUGCUUGAACAAGAAUGGGUACUGGCUGGCGUGCGUUGGCUUUUGGAACAGCGUGCUUGGCCAGAUAUGGAGGGGGGCAGUAGCGGAGGACCGUGACAUGGAAGUAGCCAUUCAGCCAACCAUCACGGACGAGUGUCUCAAACUGUCCAUGGAUUUCUUCACAUUCCGUUUUCUCUAUGGCGCCGCCGUUCUGUCUGCAGAUAUCCGAUGCAAGACCUGGAUGAAACGGACUGCUUCGAGUGGCGCAGACCGAGAACGCUGGAAUUCUACAGCCCUGCUUUUGGUAAAGGCAUCCUGUGGAGUCAGCAUUACACCCGCAGUAGCUCAGCGAGCCGGACCCAUGUUCCGCGGUCUGGCUGCGACGCGCGGGUCAGAAGCCCAUCGCCUAGCUGCAGAGGCUUACUGUGAUGCCUUGGAUUACUUGCACCGUCGUGGGUUCGGCGUGAAGAUGGAUUUGUCGGAUGACCUGCUGCCCACGUUUGUGAAGAGGCAUUACCUGUUGCUGCCUGAAUCCUGCAAGAGGCACCUGCAGCACGGGGGUGUUCCAGCCAUGCACUUUGGGUUGCAUGUGCCGCUUGCCCAAGUAGAUACUUCCAGUAAUGCGUGUCCAAGGCAGGAACAGCAGACGGGGUGUAGUCCAGAGCAGCUUGUGCCGUGUGAUGCCAGACCUGAGGAUGCCAGGCACGACAGGGAGCAAAGACAAGAAGAACGCACUUCUGUGCCCAACCGAACGGUUCCAUCAGAAACUCCCGGCCAUCAGAUCAAGGCCCAGGCGAAUUCAUCAGCCGCAGUGGGAGAGUCUCCAAGUCAAUUUGAGGCAGUGAGGAGCUCGCGAGAGACUGGUGAGUCUGAUGCGGAGGAAAAAGCUCCAGCUGACAAGAAGGUGUGGAGCACAGUCUACGAGGGACGCCCCAACACAUCCAUCGACAGUUAUUCUCACCUUCGAGAAGAAGUCGAACGCAUCCUUGGUGAGCGCAAGGAUCCUGGUGUGUACACAUUCGUAGACCGCGGCGUAAAAAAACUCACGCGCAGCCUUCGUGCAACCUGCAAGCAGGAUGCCUGCGUGAGCUGCACUCGACAAAUUUCCGCUGCAUUUCGUUUUUGCCAGGGUGCAGCUACUCUCCAUGUCCGUGUCUGCGGCGAGCACGGCCAGUUGCAAAAGCCCAAGGGGGGACACCUUUGGAAUGCAGCAGAGGACUUUGCAAUUAAGACGCGCAUGACUGCAGGAACGGGCUACACUUCUGACAAAGUUCGGGAGGCUCUGAAAAAAGCAGGUCUGCCUCUCCGGUGCACGCCUCGGCAGCUCAACCAAUUUGUGACCCGGAAAAACAGUGCCGCAGGCACUCAGCAAGUCCAAAAACCGCGGCUGAUUGUGUGCGGAGAGCUCGAAACGGCGGCUGCCGCCUAUCUUCUCAGUGACAGCUCAAGGUGGAACGAACAUCCUUUGGAUCGUUUAUUAGUUUUGCCCACCCCCGUGUUCUCCGAUGACCGUGUCUGCGCAGUGUGGACAUGUCCCGGCAUGCUCCGCCGCGCGCAGGCAGCGCAAGGCAAAGUAGUGAAACUGGCAAUCGAUGGCAAGCAGAGCGUCCUGAGCAAUGGCUACACGAUCGCCACUCUGAGCUUCCUCGUCUGCAGUGAGCAUGUGUCUCUAACAAGAGACGCGCGCAAGCGUGCUGCCAGUCGGCCAAAAGUGCACACACUCACACAGGAACCCUUUGCGCAGGCACUUAUGAACACAGAGUCUGAGCCAAAUGUGUCCCAAUUUCUGAGCACAGCGACACAGGUGGCCAAUCAACACUGCGGCCUGGACCUGGCGCACCAAGUCUGGCAGUUGCACAAGGAUUAUGCAAAAGGCUUGGAGGCUUCUAGGUCCGAGGAACCCACAGAGCGCGUUGCUGCGCAGUCAAGGCAGCUUGGACGAGCGUCUCAGAAGGACUCGGUCUUCCAAGAGCUGGAACGCGUCAUUAAGCUCAGCCGUGCCUUGCCCACGAUUGUGCUGUUUGAUGUUGUUUGGUCUAGAACGUUCGCGUGGCUGGAGACGGUCAGCAAGAAGGCGACCACCUAUCUGCAGACGACAUACUUUCAGCGCACGCCAGUUGCUGGUCUCCGAAAACAGUUCCAUGUCGGUGAGCCAGUUGGUGGCCAUGACACGUGCUGGUUUGCUGGUUUCUGGGCGGGGGUGACAGGCACAUAUCCUGGCACUGGUUCCGGUACGCAAACUUUGGAGAGCUUUCAUUCGUAUUGGCAGUCCAAGAUAAAGUCCCAGGUGCGUACACACCCAACAAAGAUAUUUGAGGCGAUGCAACAGCUGUACACCGAAGACUGGUGCAACAAGUUUGAGUGGUCUGCGGAGCGCAGCUUUCGUACCUGGCCAGACAAGCCGGCUGAGGAUCUUCUGAAUAGCGACUCCUUGCGAACAGCUGGGCGCUCUCCUGCUGUGGACUUCUGGUCUAAUCGGGAGCCGAAGUUGUCAGGACAGCGAAAUUACUUCAAGCUGUGGAGGCGCACUGACAAGGAGACACAAGCCACGCAGAGCAGGGAUGGUGUCACAACCCUCUGGGUUUUGCAAGCCCGCAAAGUCCGCGGGGUCAUGCCUGCUGAUGCACCCAUUUCGCAGGAGACUGCCGAAACCAUCGCUGAUCUCCUGUGUCAGGAUGGAGACAAGCUAGCAAAGCGACUCCGCCAAUGCGGAAUUCUUGAGGUCGCCAAGGAUCCCAAAAAUGCGGGCGCCGCCAAAGAGAGGUUGAACCUGGGCAAGUUGGAGCAUUUUCUCGACGGCCAUUGCGUUGUGCUGCAGGGUCAUCUGGCCGACUCGUUGUGGCCACGUGUGCGCCGACGAUUGCAGCAGCCGCUACCAACAACACUCUGUACAUGCCUGGAAUUCCUCCUCCACGCUGACUGUGAGCACAUUGUGUAUAUCAAAGCUGUGGAAGAGCAAAGUGGUGCGGUCGAUCUACGCAGCAUCCCAGUCCUCAAGCCUAAAGAAAAGAAGACGACAGACGGCGGCUUGGCUGCCUUGGCUCAGAAGUUGAAGUACUGCCAAGAAAUUUUCGU